GAUAUCAAAUUCGACGUUAAUGGAUUAAAGCAACGAAAACCUGUCUCUACCAUCUUAGAUAGCCAACUGUUUCGCCAAGAGCUAGAAACUAUUACCCAAAGCCAUGCAAAAAGUAGUACCAAUUUCCCGAUUAAAGCUAAACCAUCCGAUAAUCCAAUUACAACAUUAGAUUUAUCUACUAUUGCUUUCCAUCAUUUAUCCACUGUAGCCUUUCAUCGCUUCUAUCCUAUUGCGGAUCUCAGUAGCAGAAGUAACUAUAGCUUUGAAAAAGGAGAGAAAAAUUUACGAUGUAAAUUAGCUUGUGUUUUCCGUUUAAUUGAUAUUUUGGAAUGGGAACAGUGUCAUGGCACCCUUAUUACGAGUCGCAUUAGCAUGGGGAAAUAUCAAUUUUUAGCUAAUCCGUAUGGCUUAUCCUAUCAAGAAAUAUCGGCUAGAAAAUUAUUGAAAGUCAACGGUCAAGGCCAAGCUGUAGAUCUACAUCGCCAAGCUUUCUUGGUCGAUCAGCGUCAAUUUGUCGUCCAUCAAUAUGUUUAUACAGCAAAACCAGAAACGCGCUGUAUCAUCCACUUGAGGACUCCAACAACCUUAGCC